AAUGGUUAUCAAGACUGAUUUGUGCUCAUUUAGUGAAUGGCGUAUUUAUCCUGGACAUGGAAGAAGAUUCGUGGCUAAAGAUGGUAGAUUAUUUUACUAUUUGAAUCAAAAGAGUAGAGCAUUUUCUGCCAGAAAAGUAUAAUAUGAUUAUUACAUUCAAGAUUAAAAGCUAAGAAAUUCAAUGGACUGUUGCUUGGAGAAGAUUAAAUAAAAAAAUUAAAACUGAUGAAGGGGCAAAAAAAAGAAGAAUUAGAAAUCUUAAAGUCUAAAGAGCUAUUGUUGGUAUAUCAUUAGAAGAGAUUAGAAGAAGAAGAAAGGAAGAUGAAAGUAAGUUGUGACUUUUAUAAUCUUUUAAAUAGAAACAAGAAAAGCUCAAGCAGAAUAAGCUGCAAGAGAAAUCAAGGACAGAAAGCAGAAGUUAAUUGAGACUUAAAAAUAACAAAGAAAAGGUGUAACUACCACUCAAAAAACUGCCUAAAAAGCUGAAACAAAAGCAGCUUAAAAGGCUGCUGCUAAAGGAGCUGGAAAACCAAAAGGAAAGAAAUGAU